UUCGCGUACGUCGUCCGCGCUUUUUAUUUGUUUUGUAUUUACGCCGAGCGCGAGCGCGAUACUUCCAGAUUUUUAUCGUUAUCUGGCAUCCGGCGUUAUUAAUUUUUAACGGAUUGCGACUGUCGGCGGCAGCGGCUUUUGUCGCAGUUUUUUUUCAUUGUUGUUGUUACUGCUUUGUGUGGCGUUCGGUGACGCUUGUCGCCGCUCCGCGAUCCCGCGUGUCUCGAAAUUUUCUUUCCCUUGUCUUCGGAAAUUUUGGGAUAUUGAUGGACGUGCGGUCGCUGCAACAUGCCUGUUUAGAUGACCUGACGAAGGGAGAACCAGCCCUGAAAGAAAAUACUAUCAAAGAGCUGAAAUCCAAGUUAGAAUCUAAGGAACUAGUCGACGGAGACGAGAUCGAGACGGCGGCCACGAUGAUUCCAGACACGUUACGGAAUUCGGGUCACCACACGACGCCGCCCCUCCUGACCGACGACGACGGUCUCAUAAUACCCCGGAAGCCGGCCAACCCCGUCCGGGAUAACCCCGAGAGGCAGAAUCUCCACAAAGAGUUGCUCUUCAAUCAGAAAAUAGGAAAGAAUGUUCUGAAUCAGAAAACCGAAUUGCAAAGAGCAUUACAAAGGCAGAAAGAAAACCUCGCCAAAAAGCAACUCGAAAACCACAUAGCUGCCCAAGCACCUGAACUGGAAAAGGUGAUUGCGGACAGAGCCAAAAGAUUGCAACACCCAAACGGAGAAAAAAAUGAAGAUGACAAGGUCAUAAGCAAAGAACUGGUGCAAGUUCGAAUGAAAUUAAGAACUCGACACGAUUCGAAAUGAGUGUGUUUGACUAAAAAUAUUCCGUAAUUUGAUCAUUUAGAACAUAUUUUAUAUAUGCGUAGCAUAUGGAGAAAUGUAUUGUUUUAAUGUGUAGGUUAUUUGAUUUAAUUUAUGUGAUAAGAGUAUGACUAAGCUAUUUUUUAUUAUUUUAAGUUCUCAACUGUGUAUAAUACAUGAUAAAAUUACUAUUAAUAAAUAUUUUUUGUACAAAUG